CCUAAAGCUGUGUUUGUGGCUCUUCGCCGUGAAAUUUGAAUUUAAAUAUAGGGAGUACAAAAAAGAAAGCAUUGACCCUUCGGCCGCCGCCUCCGCCGCGUAUCCUAAAACAGCGACCGGGAAAUGGGGGCGGAGGAAGAACAUAUCUAGGGAGUUCUUCAUUAUUUACUUUUUGGUUAUUAGUUGAUUCAUCACCUAAUCGACCGCAGGAAUCUACAACUCCAAAAGCCCGCACUGGAUGAUUCAAAGGGCAUCCAUGGCGGGUCCUUUUCUUUCUAAUGUUCUCAAUAUGAUCAUUUCUUCUAUUUAAGAUUGAGAGAAUCUUGGAAAGAGUCAUGGUUGCUCAAUCGGAAUCACCGAAAAAGAGCUUAGUCAGUUUUUUCCCCAUGGCCGGAGAUGCUUACAGCUCAAUUGGGACUGUGCAGCCUAAGGAUAUUUCUGAGAUUGAAGUCAACAAGCACUAUCUUCUCAAUCUCAACAAUGAUAAUACAAACAAAAAGCAUCUUCUGGAGUUCCCUGAUGUCGGUCGAGCCUUUCAGGAUUUCAUCAAUAGCAGAGAGUUCCGCGAGUUUCUUAGCGGUGCUUUGGCAGGGGCUAUGACCAAAGCUGUUCUAGCUCCCCUUGAAACCAUCAGAACAAGAAUGGUGGUUGGCGUGGGGUCCAAAAAAAUUGGUCAGAGUUUCAUCCAAGUCGUUGAGGAGCAUGGAUGGCAAGGGCUAUGGGCAGGCAACAUGGUUAACAUGUUGCGCAUAGUUCCUACGCAGGCAAUUGAGUUUGGAACGUUUGAGUAUGUAAAGAGAGCAAUGGCUUCAUCACAAGAGAGGUGGGCCCAAGCUGGCGGGCCAAAGUUACAGAUCGGUCAUAUUAGCAUUGACUUUUCUCUCUCUUGGCUCUCUCCCGUUGCCGUGGCUGGUGCGGCUGCUGGUGUUGCUAGUACCCUCGUUUGUCAUCCACUUGAAGUCUUAAAGGAUCGGUUGACUAUAAGUCCAGAAAUUUACCCCAGUAUAAGCAUUGCACUAAGCAAAAUGUACAAGGAUGGAGGGAUUGGUGCGAUGUACUCUGGCAUUGCCCCUACGUUGGUGGGCAUGCUUCCAUAUAGCACAUGCUACUACUUCAUGUACGACACUAUUAAGAAAUCAUAUUGUCAGGCAAAGAAAAAAGAGUCUUUAAACCGUGCCGAGAUGCUUCUACUUGGGGCUCUCUCUGGCUUGACAGCCAGCACUAUUAGUUACCCAUUGGAGGUGGCUAGGAAGCGGCUAAUGGUUGGGGCGUUGCAAGGAAAAUGCCCACCGCACAUGGUGGCUGCAUUGUCGGAGAUCGUCAAGGAGAAAGGCCCACUUGGUCUUUACAGAGGGUGGGGAGCAAGCUGUUUGAAAGUGAUGCCUUCUUCAGGGAUAACUUGGAUGUUCUAUGAAGCUUGGAAAGAUGUGUUGCUUAGGCAGCAAAAUCAGUAGUAGUCUUCACUGUGGCUGACUCACUGCCCGCCCAAUGUGGUCCAAUUGGUUACUGAGUAUUUUUUUGACAGUUGGUGUUAUUUUAUUCAGCACCAAUGUGAAAUUUUGUCUGUCCCCCCCCCUCCCCCCGUUGAACUCCAAGAAGACACGACAAAGAUUUCUGCGUGUACUUUUUCCUUUUGAAAAAGGAAGGCAUAUUUGUGAGUACUUUUAUGCUGAAUAAGGGGUAAAUUUCACAAAUGGUACCUGAACUUUAGCUGGAAUUUC